CACACAUCACAUUAGUGUAGGGGCUUGAACAUGGAGAGCACAAAUAAAUUUCCCAGAAAAUUCAAGGAUGUUUCACUAGAGGAACUCAGAGAUAAGGUAGCGGAAUUCGCUAAAGUAAGGAACUGGGACAAAUUUCACAGUCCAAGAAAUCUACUCUUAGCUUUGGUAGGGGAAGUGGGCGAGUUGUCAGAGAUAUUCCAAUGGAAAGGAGAAGUGGAAAGAGGGUUACCAAACUGGAGUAGUGAUGAUAAAAAGCAUUUGGAGGAAGAAAUCUCUGAUGUUUUGUUGUAUUUGGUCCAGCUUGCUGAUGUUUGUGGUCUUGAUCUUGGCCAAGCUGCUCUAUCCAAGAUUGUCAAGAAUGCGCAGAAAUACCCUCUUCGUGACUAGUUUCGGUUUAUCAACAUUUUCAUUUUGUGGGUCCUGUCUCGACGUCAACCAUAAGUCUUAGUUGCUUAAGAUAUAUGUAAGAAAUAAAUCUAAUAUGUUUUGUGUCAAUUUUGUUUACUAGGGUUUUUUUUUUUUCGUGUUUUAUGGUCAUCGAUUCGAUCAUCAACCUUGUCAAGGUUACCUGUUUUGAAUUAUAUGAAAUGAUAUUCUGAGUU